GAGGGAGUCUCUCUUUUCUCCUCCUCUCUCUCCGAUUUGCCGGCUGCCGCGCGUCUUCUUCCUCUUCUGGUCUGCUUGUGUUCUCUUGCCGGCUGGUUAGAGAAGUUGGAGCAUGGACUUGGGCAGACGGCGCCUGACGUGUGGAUGCUCACUGGGGAGUCAUUGUAAGCUGCUCUGAAUGAUGGCUUUCGUUUCUCUUUCUAGAAGUAAUGGGUUGGCAGCAGCAACUGUGUUCUCCCAAAGACAUUUGGGGCAUGAGAGCUGAUCACAGUCAUCUUUCGUUCGUAACUUGCUCCUCCUCCUCCUCAUCCAUCUCCCUCUACCGCACCUCAGUGGGGACCUGUCACUUCAGCUGCACCGCAUUGAUGAGGUAACGUUACGCCGUGCUCAGGGUAGCACCCACCUGCACAAACACCACCCUCCCCAUCACCCCCGCCCCCACCCCGUAUUCCGUUGUGGCCAUGGGCCAGAAGAUCUCAGGUGGCAUCAAAUCUGUGGACGGCCGUGGGGAAAGCGGCGGUUCCCCAUCCUACCGGCCCUCAGCUCAUGGCACGCAGCACCCAGAGCUGAGGGGCCCCGAUUUCUCCAAACCUCCAAGGCUGGAUCUCCUUCUGGACAUGCCGUGCGCCAGCCUGGAGACCCAACUUCGUCACGCGUGGAACGCAGAUGACCGUUCGCUGAAUAUUUUCAUCAAAGAGGAGGAUAAGUUAACUUUUCACCGCCACCCGGUCGCUCAGAGCACGGACUGCAUCCGGGGUCGAAUCGGCUACACGAGGGGACUCCAUGUCUGGAGGAUUCACUGGCCCUGCCGACAGCGCGGUACCCACGCAGUGGUUGGGGUAGCCACCUCUGAAGCGCCCCUACAUUCCGUCGGUUACACUGCCUUGGUGGGGUCAGACUGCGAGUCCUGGGGCUGGGAUCUGGGACGUAACCGCCUCUACCAUGACAGCAAAAACAGGGCCCACAGCUCGUUGCCGUCGUACCCUUCUUUCCUGGAGCCGGAGGAGGCCUUCACACUGCCGGACUCCCUGCUGGUCAUUCUAGACAUGGACGAAGGCACGCUGAGUUUCAUGGUGGAGGGACAGUAUUUAGGAGUGGCCUUCCGAGGAUUGAAGGGCAAGAAACUACAUCCCAUCGUCAGUGCUGUGUGGGGCCAUUGUGAGAUAUCCAUGAAGUACAUCAAUGGACUUGAUCCGGAGCCUCUACCUCUGAUGGACCUGUGCCGCCGUGCGGCCCGCCUAGCGUUGGGCCGGGAGCGCCUUCAGGAGAUCGAGAGCCUCCCCCUGCCUGAGUCCCUCAAAAAUUACCUCCAGUACCAGUGACUGACACCAGCAGAACCCACUGGCACCGCGAGGACUCACACAGCCGAGCAGCAGGUGGGCAAACGGCAGGAAGUCGGAAGGGAAAGCAGGAAGCGCUUGAAAGAAACCGAGCAGGCGGAAGAGGCGGCGGGUCCCGAGCUAGCGAGCUGCAGAUGGAUUCACUGACACGCGAGGAAAGCGGCGUCUGGAGCUGCUCCUGGGUUCAUUUUUGGACUUUAAGUCAGUUUUUGACAUGGUGGGCUGCAGGGCACUAUCGCCACCUACGGAUCAGAAUCGAGACUGUGCAGAGAAAGCACGCUCGUCCCACCCCUGGAGGCCUUCUGGAUGAGUGAACGAGCGCCAGUGCAGGCGACAAGAGAAUCGGAGCACACCAUUUUUAUUUUUAUCUCAGCGACCAAAAAGCUCUUUUUGGGUUCAACACGUCAACAUGUUGCUCAGAUCUGCAUUGCCCUUUGCAGAUGUCUUACAUGGCUGCUGUCAUGUAGCUUACUGACCUAAUGGAUCUAUUGAGACCGAAGCAUUGAAGCACAGCAAAAAAGAACACAAAAAAAACUGAUGGGAUUUUGAAAAUUAUUUCCACAUCAAGUCUUAAUUCUUGGACCGAUGUAGUGUUUUAUUGGUCCAUUGAAAUCAAAACAACAACAGUUGUCAUGCAUUAUCAGUGAAGGUAAUUUACUUUGUAAAUUGAUUGAAAAAGGCUGCUGCUCUGAUCAUUACUUUUGGUUGGGUCUGUCAAAAAAAAAAAACUGACUAACUCGAUAUGUCAUGAACACCAUUUGUUUGUGUGUGUGUGUGUGUGCGUGCGUGUGUGUAUGUGUGCGCGUGCGUACAUGCGCGCACGUGAAUGCAUGUAAAACUACUACUGAGUAAUAGGACCAUAUAUAUAAAUAUAUAUAUACAUACAUAUAUAUAUA